AUGUUGCGCCCCAUACCGGCGGUCGGCCUUGCAAGUGCGCUCAUCCAAACUAUCGACUUCUCCAUCAACGCUUUACGCAAAGACCAUCCCAUCUUCCAGCCUAGCUCACCUUCGACAACACCGCUCGUGGAAAAUGCAGCCUUCCUACAAGAUAUCAUACACAAUCUCUAUCGCCUGACCGACCUAAUUGACAAUUCUGAGCUCAAAGAGCUGUACGACGAAAAAUCAGCGAAGAGCGCAAAAGCAGCCAAGAAACUUAGCGAGGCAGCGCUGCAAUUGCUAAAGCAUGCUGAGCUAGUCAAAGAAUUGACAGCUUCAUUCAUCGACGCGCUAAUCGCGGCGCAAGAGAAGGGAAAGUUUGGUGACCCGCGAUGGCCCACUGCGCGCGAAGCAUUAUUGAACGGGGUGUGGAAGAAGGCCAAUGUGACAGGUACAAAGAAGAAGUACCGUGCCCUUCGUCGCGACAUUGAGACGAGUUUACUGCUCGCUAUGCGCCAGUAUCUGGAUCAAUCCAUUGAGACUGGUCUCGCUCUGUUCAGCGGUGACGAAGGCGUACAUACGAAGCAUUGGGAAAAGUGGCAGAACCAAACCCUCGAUAUGAUCCACAGCAAUGAUUGGAAAAGCAGCAAGAAGAAGGAUGUAGAGGAGUUUUCCAAACAGGUUGAUGCGCUCAUCCAGGCGGAGAAGGAAGUGUACUUCCGCGCUACCAUCUUCGAGAGGCUGUGGUUCGAGGAGAUGGACGAAAGGAUGAAUAGCAUCGAUAGUUCCGUCGAUUUAGGGUUCGAGUGGGUGAUGGGAGACGGCUCGAGACAGGUUGGCGGUUUGCUGGAGUGGUUUACUAAUACGAGGGGCGAAGAAAUAUAUUGGCUCACCGGUGCGUCUUCAUCUCUUACUAUUCCGUCUUUCGAUCCCUGA